AGCUCCCUCCUUCACCCCAGAUCUUGGCCGGACCUGUCAAAACCACGCCUAUGGACACCCACAAUUGGUCUGCGCCGCGUAAAAUCCACAAUCAAAUCCAGAAGAAAGACAGCAAGAAAGCCCUCGAGCCCCUACGGUGUCUUGAUUCGGAACGAUGAGGCGACCGGUUCCCGGCUCGGAUUGCGGCGUCGACCCGACUCCAAAGACUCGCGAUCCUUGAACCGAAGCAAAGGGGUUUGGUUUCGCUUUGCUUUGGGAAAGGCGAAUCGAGCUGCCUCUUUUAAAACUGGAAGGAGAGCGAGGGGAACGAACGGUUUUUCUUCCCCCUACGGACUCUGAGAUCAAGCUUGGGUGUUUGUUUUUUUCUUUUUCUUCCCCCCCCCUCUCCCUCUCUCUCUGGGGGGGGUCAAGAGUCCUUUCAAGACUGCAGGGAGGGGGACGCUGCUCCGGUUUUAACUCCCCCUCCCUCCCCUUAAGAUCAUCUUGACUUGCUCUUUUAAAGGACAUAAUUUUUGAAGGCGUCAAGGAUCGCCCUUGUGGGGUGUUGGGUUGUUCUUGGGUUGGUUGCUUUGAGAUCUCCAGGACGGGGGUUGUAUCCCCCCCGCCGCCGCCGCCGCCGCCGCCUUUUCUCCAGUUUGCAACAAAUAGCCAGGACUUACCGGCGCCUCGGAGACACCCAGAAGAGUCCAGAUCGUUGGCUUGCUGCGGAGGGGAUGUAAGUGGGUGUCCCCCCCACUCCGUUCUCGUUCCCCUUGGGGGGGUCCCCCUUUUAAUCUUUGCGCCCCUUAAGGCACCCCAAUCCGCUUUACCAGAGCUGGCUUGAAACUGACUAAGCUUCAGCCUGCCGGAGCGCCGAGAAGCCGAACGGGGUUGAAAUUGACUAGCGUCCGCCUGAGCUCGCAGGGAGAGGUGCGCGCGGGGUCGGAGGGGGAUUGAAAUUGACGAGCAAGCCAUCGCCUCCCGUCGCUGGGGGGAUCGCUCUUUUCUCCUGGAUUUGUGGAUAUACUGAUGAGAGAUCCACCGUUCCCGGGGACUGCGAUGGCUUAUCACCCCUUCCACGCGCCCAGGCCGUCCGAUUUCCCGAUGUCUGCCUUCUUAGCGGCCGCCCAGCCGUCUUUCUUCCCGGCUUUGGCUCUGCCCCCGGCUGCCCUGACGAAACCUUUGCCGGAUCCCAGCCUGGCCGGAGCCGCCGAGGCGAGUUUGCACGUCUCGGCUCUGGGCCACCACCACCCAGCCGCUCAUCUGCGCUCGCUCAAGAGCUUGGAGCCCGAAGAAGAGGUCGAGGACGACCCGAAAGUCACCCUGGAAGCCAAAGAGCUCUGGGAUCAGUUUCACAAACUAGGGACAGAAAUGGUGAUCACCAAAUCUGGAAGGCGGAUGUUCCCCCCUUUCAAAGUGAGAGUCAGCGGCCUGGACAAGAAAGCCAAGUACAUUCUGUUAAUGGAUAUUGUAGCAGCUGACGAUUGUCGUUAUAAGUUCCACAACUCACGUUGGAUGGUGGCCGGGAAAGCAGACCCGGAGAUGCCCAAACGCAUGUACAUCCACCCGGACAGUCCAGCCACGGGGGAGCAGUGGAUGGCCAAGCCCGUGGCCUUCCACAAACUCAAACUCACCAACAACAUCUCGGAUAAGCAUGGCUUUACCAUCCUUAAUUCGAUGCACAAAUACCAACCGAGGUUCCAUAUAGUCCGGGCGAAUGACAUUCUCAAGUUACCUUACAGCACUUUUAGAACUUAUGUGUUCCCCGAAACAGACUUUAUCGCCGUAACUGCCUACCAAAACGACAAGAUCACCCAACUGAAAAUAGAUAACAACCCUUUUGCGAAAGGAUUUCGAGAUACCGGGAAUGGAAGGCGAGAAAAAAGGAAACAGCUUACUCUGCCCUCCCUACGGAUGUAUGAGGAUCAGUGCAAACCGGAUCGAGAUGGAGGAGAAUCGGAUGCGUCUUCGUGUGAACCUGCCCCGGUUCGGGAUUCACUCCACUCCCCUUUGGGUACAGACCCCAGUCCUUUGAAACUCCACCGCAACAGCAGAGAAGACAAAGGCAGCGAUCAAGAGUUGGAGAAGCUCCCGGAAGGGAAGAGGCCCAGUCCCGAUCCGGGGAACAGCAGCCCGCGCAGCAGCAGCAGCCCCCGCUUGCAAGGGGAAGAGAGGAGUAAAGAGCGCACCGGCAAAGCCAGUGAGGCUUCCAAAGACAGCAGCGAGGGCGCCGUUUUUAGCCCCUUGGGCUUGGAGAAAGACAAGCCAGAGGGCAGGAGGAAAGAGCAGCCCUCGCAGCACGAAGCCUCCAAGAAAGAGGGCCUGGGAGACUGCGGCCCCCUAGGGGGCAGCAAGGAGGCCUUUGCCCCGCUGAUGGUGCAGACGGACAGCCCUCCGCACCUGAGCGCCGGGCACCUCCAGAGUUUGGCUCUGUCCGGCCUCCAUGGACAGCAGUUUUUCAACCCCUUAAGUGCCGGGCAGCCCUUCUUCAUCCACCCGGGACAGUUCGCCAUGGCCCCCGGGGCCUUCUCCGCCAUGGGCAUGGGACACUUACUGGCAUCCGUGGCCGGCGCCGGGAGCCUGGAAAACGGGGGGCUUUCGGCUGCGCAAGGGACUGCUGCUGGGGCCACCCCCUUCCCCUUCCACCUCUCGCAACACAUGUUGGCUUCUCAGGGAAUCCCUGUGCCGACUUUUGGCGGACUCUUUCCGUACCCGUACACCUACAUGGCGGCGGCGGCAGCGGCGGCUUCCGCUAUGCCGGCAACUAGUGCGGCGGCUGCCAGCUCGUUAUCCCGGAACCCCUUCCUGAGCAACGCCCGUCCGCGCCUGCGGUUCAGCCCCUACCAGAUCCCCGUUGCCAUUCCGCCCAGCACCAACUUGCUCACCACUGGCUUGCCUGCCAGCUUGAAUGCCGGCUCGGAGGGCUCCAAACCCGGAAGCAGCCGGGAAUCCAGCCCGCUCUCGGAUCUCCCCGUCCACAAACCCAGCGGUCAACGGGCCUCUUUGUCCCCCAAGGGCUCCUUAAAGGAUUCCAUCAACGAACUCCAGAACAUCCAAAGACUGGUUAGCGGCUUAGAAAGCCAAAGGGAAGUCUCCCCGGGCCGGGAGACCCCCAAGUGACCGGGGGCGCGGACGGUCCCUCAAAACGGGGUGAGAUGAAGCUGGGGAGCAGAUGUGUACAGCACAGUAUAAAUAUUUAUUUUUUAAAGAGGAGCGGGGUUUUAAGAGGGGGUGGGGGGGACUAAAGAAAAAGGGUCACCAAGCCUGAGGCCCCAUAGGGCCACCGGGAUACAACAACGGCCGAAGGAGAACACCCUGCAACCCAGCAAUAUAAUUGGGUGGAGAAAGUAUGGGAUAACACAGUCGCUAAGCCCUGGAGAUCAACUGUCCCCCAGAAGUUCCCCCAAAUACACACGUUUCUUGACUUUGGUUCUAGUGGAAUAUAUAGAGACAGCCCUGAAUUCUUCUGGCCUACUUCUUUGGCCUGAACAAAACCGAGGGUUGAACAAGGUGAUCUAUAGUAUACUAACAAACCUCCAGAUAGAUGGGCAAUCUAGGAGGUCAUCAUGGUGGAAGAUGAUGCUAAAGACCGCCUACUACUAUCUCUUUUUGUUUCUAAACCAACACUGUUGGAAAGGCAUUUCGCUAUUUCCCCCGCCCGCCCGCUUAUCAGGAUGAACUUUCAAAAUGCGGACGUUGCUCUGGGUUGCGUUAUCUAAGGCAAGGAGAGUGGAGGAAGAGGAGUGGUUUUUUUGGUUUUUUAACUACAAACUCUAGCAGAUUGAACACAGGACAUUCAUUUGAGACUAUAUAUAGAAAAGCGUAACCUUUAGAGCCGACGUCCAUCUACUCUUGGAAGGCCAUAAGAAAAUGAAACAAAGAACCCAAACGUUCAGAAUUGGUACAAUCCAUGUGACUUUCUCUCUUUCUUUCUCUUUUUGGACUCUCCCUGUGUACCAGGAAAAAAAAAAGGAAAAGGAAACCUAAUAUUUAUGGAAUAAAUGGUAAUUUGUGUAAAUAAGCUAUACGAAUCCCAAAAUAUGCAAAAAUUGGUAUUAAUUUAUUUAGAGUUGUACAUUGGAGUGUACAUAAUUAGAGUUUAACUCAUCACAUUUAAUUGUUCUCUUCUUUUUUUUUCAUUUUACGUAAACAUACAUAUUGUAAAUGAAGACCUAUUUAGCUCUUUGUGAAUGGAGGAAAAUAUUGGUUUUCUUUUGGCUUUUUGUGUCUAAACAAAAAACGACAAAAAAAGUGGUUCCCCCGCCUGUUUGAAGACAAUCAUGUGCCAUCAACACCACUUUUAGGACAUGAGGAAAAAGAGGGCAACCAAUCUUGAAUCCUUUUCAAAGGACUUUACAGGGGACGUCCUGCCCCUUCCUAAUAUAUAAUCAUUCAAAUAGCAAUUCAACACUGAGUGAAUGAAUUAAAGGAAAAAUCUCUUUUACAGUGCGGGGUAUACUAUAUAUAUAUAUAUAUAUAUAUAUAUAUAUAUAUAUAUGCAGGAAUAAACCUCAGGUUUUUAUUUUUUCACUCCAGAACAACAAUAAAAGGGGGGGGAUCCCCACCUUAAAAAAAAAAAAAACUUUAAAACUAUACUAAAAUUUAAAAUAUCACUUGGACAGUGUGCUAUAUAUUGUUUUAAUUUUUUUUUAAAAGGUUAGAAAUGUGCUGGUUAUUCGGGUAUCUAUCUGUUCAAUUUUUUUGA